ACAACUCGCGUUUAAUCAAGCUGCCAUAAAGGCCAAGAAGAACACGUCUUGCAUGUUUAUCAACUCUUCUUUAUUUUAUUCUUUUCUUCUACAGACUAAAGGCUGUAGAUGGAGGUUCCACACCUGAAGGGUCUGAGUCCGAACAGGGACGUGCCUGAUGCUGUGAGGUGCCUUAUUUGCCUUAAUAAAUUCAGUGGUCAGCCAGUGGCCACUCCACAGCAGUGUGAGCACCUCUACUGCCUUACUUGCAUUACUGAAUGGGCAAAGACGACAAAUUCCUGCCCUGUGGAUCGACUGGAAUUUAAUAUCCUUUAUCAGAGAACCUGUAUAGGAGGCCGUAUUCAAAAAAUAGUUAAGGUAGAGCCCCCUCAGAGGCGAGCAUUAGACGACGAAGAAGCUACUGAUGAACUGAGUCUAUGUGAAGACUGUGGCAGAAGUGACCGAAGGCACCUGAUGCUGCUCUGCUCUGCCUGUGACUCAAGGUACCAUAUAGGUUGCCUUAGCCCACCUUUGAGCGCAGUGCCGUUUGAGGAUUGGUUCUGCCAGGAAUGUACUAUUGAAAGCAGACAGGCAAGUGGUGGCCUGUCUAGACAAGAGAGUGAGAUAGAUGAGGCUGAAGUAAUGGAUCUGUUGGCUGAAGUUGCCUCAACAUCCAGUCGCCUCAGACCGUCCACUACAAGACAGCCCACUGUCCGCGCUCGGAGAAGUGCGAGGGUCCGGCAGCAGAGCAGCAGAAGGCCCGCCAGUCUGUCUCAGCAAGUUCAGCAUGUGCCCAGAUAUCUUUUAAAACUGACCUGUCCUGCUGAUGGAGAAGAUGCCAGGACAAACAACUUAAUAAAGACUAAAAACAUAAUAAAGACUAAAAAAUCAGACAAGCAAGUCACUUAUAAGAGGAAAACAAGACACAACAUGGAUAGAUAAAGACAUUUAUUUUCCAUGUCUCUGUCUGAAAACAUGUCACGGUUUGUAAUGUGUCCAAAUUGUAAUGUAUUGUUUGGCAGAAAUGGUCCAUGCAGCUGCUCAUAAAGGCCACAUGAUGGCAGCAUAAAGCCAUUAACCCUGGGGGUCAUGUGACAGAAACCGAAACAGAUUCUGUGAAGAUUUGCAGAAAAAUAAAAGUGAAACGAAAUAAAGUACAAAUGAAAGCAAAUACUUUACAUGAGCUGUUUACCUGCAUUUCUCCAGAUCUGUUAUGGCUACGGUUCUUCUUAUGUUGUUUAAAGGUUUAGUGUAAGUUGGAGAGUCAUGUGCCAGAAACUGGAAAAGAUCCUAUGAUGACUUAAAAAAAGAAGAGACAGCUCCUCCCCCUGAGAAAUAAGGAGGAAGUGACUGAUCUGAAGAAGGAAGGGAAGCGAUACAGAAAGUCUCCAUACCGGCUACUCGUCACUAUGCUCACUUCAAAUGGCUAUCAUCGUGGGAAAAAAGAGGAAGACUUUGCAGGACAGAAACUCAGAUCUCUACCUCCAGCUCUGCUCAUGAAAGGUCAGGAUGCUGUGAAGGUUGACCUGCAGAGGAACAGGCUCAGACAGGUCACUGGCAUAUCUCGCCUGUCAAAUCUGACAGAGCUCAAUCUGUCCAGGAAUGAUCUUGUUGAGUUUCCUCUGGAGAUCAGGCAGCUACGAAGCUUGGGGAAACUGUACAUGAAUCAGAACAACAUCAAGAGCAUACCUGAAGGUAUAUUACCAUCGCUGGAAAGGCUUCAGUUCCUUAAGAUGAGCACAAACCGCCUUCUCAGGCUACCAUCAGACAUGAACACGUGUCAGAGCCUCACAUACCUGAACCUGUCCAACAACAGCCUGAAGGAUCUGCAGCCUCUGGUGGGUCUUCUUCGACUAAAAGAGCUCUACGUGGAGAAGAACCAGUUGGCAGAGCUACCGCGUGCCCUCUUUCAAUCCCAGGCCUUGGGUGUAUUCAAGGCCAAUGGCAACCCGCUCAGAAUGCCUCCUGAGGACAUCUGUGCAGGGGGGUUGAAGGACAUUCAAAACUAUUUUGUUAUGUUAGAAGACAGUUCCUGCAGUGUCUGCACCAUUAAAACCAUGUUCCUGGGAUCCUCCAUGGCAGGGAAGUCCACUCUUUGUCGCAGUCUGAUGCGUGGUUGUCCUGUGGCUGUGGCCGAAGCUGACCGUACUGUAGGUAUAGAAAUCCGUGAAGUUGAUCGGGAUGGAGUCCGAUUCCUCUUUUGGGACUUUGCUGGGCAGGAGGUGUACUACAUCACCCAUCACGUCUUCAUAACACCUCAGGCUUUCGUCAUCCUUGCUAUUGAUCUUUCCAGCUACCACAUUGAGGAUCCCAAGUCUUUCACUGAGAAAGUGGGCUUCUGGAUCAACAACAUCCAGCUGAAGGUUCCAAACUCAGUGGUCCUGUUAGUGGGCACUCACACUGACCAUUGCAAGGAUGCAAUGGAGGUGUUAGGAAAGAAGAAUGACAUUGAGAAGAAAGUGAAGCAGAUGCUGUCAGAAUGGAAAGAGAGCUUAGAGCAGCAAAGGAAGAACCUUGAGGAAUUAGAUGACCUCUCACUGUUUUCUGAACAAAUGAGUGACAUUGAGCGACUCACAGAGUACAAACUGAAGGUCCUUGAUCUUAUACCCAUUGAUUGCACUAAGUAUGAGGACAUUACCUGGUUGCAAGGCCACAUCAAGGAUUUGAUUUCAGAUAAAGACACAUUUCCUUUCAUGGAGCAGACAUUGCCUCAGUGCUACCAGGAAGUAGAAACUGUUAUUCAAGGCCUUGUGGAUGAUGAUGUCAUUCCUCAACAUGGAAUAGUGACUCAAGAGGACCUCUUAUAUUACCUAAAUGACAGGCACAAGGAACUGGACCAUGAUAAGAUGAGGUUCAUUCUUCAAUAUCUGCACAGAAUUGGGAUCAUUAUGUGGUACAUGGAAAUCCCUGACUUGAAGGACAUGGUGUUCGUGAAACCAUCCUUCCUCAUCUCAUUGUUCAAGGCCAUUGUAAGACAUGACAUGAUCAGUGCACUGGGAGCCAUAUCCAAUACAGUUCUGAAGUUGGAGAAUGCACUGCAGCUGCACAGGAACAGGUGGAUUAGUGACUUUGAGGAGAGAGCAACUCUGAGCAAUGUGGGCAUACGGAUCCUGGUACGUGAAGAACUUAAGAAAUCAGGCAUUGAUGACAUGGAUCUGAUUGAGGACAUAGUUGGGACCAAGAAGAAGCCUGGGAACCUUCUCACUCUGCUACAGCACUUUGAGGUUUGCCUACCGACCAAACCAAGUAUUAAACUAAACGCUACAGCCCAGGAGUUUUGUCCAAAGAAAAAAUGGGAGCCAUCCGAUCCCUCUGUGUACGAACCAGAUAGAGCUUGUCUGUUCCCCAGCUUCCUGACCAGCAAUAAGCAGGUCAGUGAGAUGUGGGGAGAGGAUAAUAUGGAGGACAUCAAUGUUCAAGUUUACUUCCUACCUGAGAUACCUCAUGGCUUCUUCCACAGGCUUGUCAUAAAGAUAUGCUCCAUUUUCUCCCCCUACUGGAUUGGGAAAGAUCAGUGUCUGUUCUCCUGCGGCAACAGGCGGGUUCUGCUGAGAGAGCAUGUUAACGAUGGCGAUCAGUUUAUUGAGAUUCGAGGGAAAGACAGUGAUGUGCAAAACUCUUUGGACAUUCAGAAGGUGUGGGACAUUAUAAAGGUAAUAAUGAUGCGUCUGGCUCAACUCACUCAGCAGUGGAGAGGACUCUGUCAGUUUGUGCACAGCCCAUGUAAAGAACGUGGCUGUACAGAAUACUUUGAGUGGGGCGACUGGCAAGACUGGCUUGAGUCUUCAGGAUCUGAAAAAUAUAACAUGGUUUCAGAAGCAAAGCUGACUUGUCGAAAAGGACACACACGCAGGACUGAACUGCUGUUUCCUGUGAGCAACUCUGUGGGUGUGAAAGACUGAAAUCACAUCUGCUUCAAAACAAGUCACACAUGCUGCACUGUUGAAGGAGCACCUUUAUGAAUAGUAGUUAAUUAAUUUACUGUAAUGUACAUAUUUACUGUUAAGACACAGCAAAACUACUAUCAAAUAGACGGUUGUAGGCAAAUCUGUUGUGAUUUUAUCCACAUAGUUUAAUUCGUGAAGCAGAAAAAUGUGAUCUGUUUAGGUGUUCUUUGGUUUGGGAAUAGAACUUGGACACUGAUCGUCACUGCAGCAUUUAUCAAGAAAAUAUCUCCAUCAUCACUAGGGGGCGCUCUUUGUUAAGGCAGUGCAACCAUAAAGAAAGAGGGGAGUCUUGAGUUUACUGAAGUGUUCCUUUGGUGUUAAUGUUUCUACCUGUAUUUAUUCACUAAACACACACACACUUGUAAAUGUGUGUGUGUGUGUGUGUGUGUGUGUGUGUGUGUGUGUGUGUGUGUGUGUGUGUGUGUAUAUAUAUUUAUAUG